GCCAGCGGCAGACAGCGCACACUCCACUACUGUUCUACUGUAAAUCAGUGGAGCUCUCCCUCACUCUCUGCCUCCCCACGACGCACUGCCCCGCCCGGCCCGGCGACGAAGCCGGAGCUCCGCCCCCGAGACGAUGUCGGCCACCCCUUCCUCUUCAGCUCAGCGGUUGGAAGGAAAGGUUGCUCUGGUUACUGGCGGCGCUUCGGGUAUCGGCGAGGCCAUCGUCCGCCUCUUCAGACAGCACGGCGCCAAGGUUUGCAUAGCAGACGUCCAGGAUGAAGUCGGUCAGCAGCUCCGCGACGCCCUCGGAGGCAACCCUGAUGUCCUGUUCGUCCACUGCGACGUCACGGUCGAGGAGGACAUAAGCCGGGCCGUCGAUGCAGCUGCCGAGAAGUUUGGCACCCUCGACAUCAUGGUCAACAAUGCCGGCAUAACCGGUGACAAGGUCACUGAUAUCCGGAACCUCGACUUUGCCGAUGUCAAGAAGGUGUUUGACAUCAACGUUCACGGCAUGCUUCUCGGGAUGAAGCACGCGGCGCGUGUCAUGAUCCCGAGCAAGAAGGGGUCCAUCGUGUCGCUGGCAAGCGUUGCCAGCGUCAUCGGAGGGAUGGGGCCUCACGCGUACACCGCGUCGAAGCACGCGGUGGUGGGUCUCACAAAGAGCGUGGCGCUGGAGCUGGGGAGGCACGGCAUAAGGGUGAACUGCGUGUCGCCGUACGCCGUGCCCACGGCGCUCUCCAUGCCACAUUUGCCCCAGGGAGAGCACAAGGGUGAUACGGUGAGGGACUUUCUGGCCUUUGUUGGCAGUGAGGCAAACCUGAAAGGCGUUGAUCUGCUGCCUAAGGAUGUCGCCGAGGCGGUGCUCUACCUGGCGAGCGACGAAGCAAGGUACAUCAGCGCGCUCAACCUCGUGGUUGACGGUGGAUUUACGUCCGUGAAUGGCAAUUUGAAAGCAUUUGAGGACUAGUUGAAGUUUUUAGCUGCAUCUGUUACUUGGUAUCUGAAAGCAUUUGAGUACCAUUUCUGAUUUGCCUGUGUUAGCAUGUCAAUAAGGUGGGUAAUCAUGUGUACAAUUGGAUAAUUAUUGUAUGUUAGUGCUUAAGGAUAGUGUUGAUUAUUAUUGAUAUUACUCCGUUGAACCUGUGAUAUGUGUCAGGAGCUUGUUUAACAUUCAAUUAGAGUCUCAGAAAGACUUCUGUGCCAGUUUAUAUGCGAAAUAGAAAAUCAGUGGACUUCACUAUUUGAGUUUGAAA